AUGGAAGAAACACCCACAACAGAAGCAGAAACAAACGGAUUCAAAGAGACACCCCCCGUCAAACUACCAUCUACCUCAGGAGCUAGACCACAUCGAUGUGAGGUGUGCCAGAGAUGUUUUCGGGAGGUAGCCACACUGAGAAAGCAUGAGCAGCUUCAUCGUGCAGACAGACCGUAUGUCUGUACCACUUGUGGCAAAUCUUUUCUCUGGUCCUCCAAUUUAAAAGUUCAUGAACGUGUUCACACAGGGGAAAGGCCUUACAAAUGUAAAAUCUGCCAUAGAUGUUUCACCCAAUCAAAUGAUCUGCGACGGCACGAGAGGAAUGUUCACAUGAGAGGAAAAUUAUGCGGCGGCAUUCAUCAUUGUCAGCACUGCAACAUCUUUUUCUACGAUUUCACCAUGUUCAACCUGCACAAGAGUCUGCAUUCACCUUACGAAGAGAAUCCCUUUCGAUGCCCAUCUUGUGCUAAGCAUUGCCAGGAUCGUAUUGAGUUUAUGUUUCAUACGGUUUGGCAUGUGAAAUACCCUCACACCAUACCCAACUACCAUACUUUCAGAGAUGAGUAUGUGGCUUGA